AGCUCAUAUUCACCAAUUCCAUCAUCAUCAAGCAAUUGAUUAACUCAAGAACAACAUUGACACUUAUCAACAAUCCAAUCACCCUUCAAGUUCAAGAUGCUUUCGUUCGUAAACUACACUCCCCGAACUCAUCCCGAGCACAAGAACAAAGAGCAUUGCCGGGUACACUCUGAUCCAGCCAACAUCCCACACGAUGUCUCCCAGAAAACACCCGUCGCUGAGCCCAAGUCCUCCGUCCCACGAUCUGCUGCUCCUUCUGCUCCCACAACUCAAGCUUAAGGAUGAAGCAUAGGCACAGGUCCCGAGAGGUAAAAGUCUUGGAUUAGUUCAACGACCAAGGAUACCCGCGGAGUGCAAGGCGUUUUUAUUAGCUGGUUUGCUGCAACGAUAUGGAUAAUGGGAUGCAAUUGGCGUGCGUUUGUCUGUUAAACAGGCGCACUUGGUAUAAUAAAGGACACAACAGGGAAAAUGAACCGUGGGCAAAAAUACAUUAGCUACCUACUUGGGUAGCUUGUUGGGAUUUGAUACACUAUUUAAUUUCUAAACUACAAAUGCUUGUUUGCUUCAUAACCUAAUGAUACUCAAACUGAGUCCGUGCCAUUCUCAUCAUUCUUGAUUAUUCAAUAUCCUCCAAAGGCCAAACACUGACACCUUGUUUUUCGACGCUGGCCUUCAACUUACCCAAAACAGCCUGUCGACGAGCUCGUUGUUGCAUCAAACCACCCUUCUCCUCUUGGCUGUAACCACUGAGCUUCUUGCGUGGGGUGGUAGCUCGUACAGAUGCGCCUAGAGACAUGCUAGCUGCAAAGCUGUGACGAAGAUUGCGGACAGGGGUUCCUUCAGGAGAGAACAUGACGC